AUUUCCUACUUACGUAAUUAGGAAUAGUAGCGCUUCGUGCGUUCACUUCGUAAAACUACAAUUGGAAAACAUGGCCUUGGUGACCGCUCGUGCAGUUUUAAGCCCAGUGAUUCGCAGGACUGUCAAGCAGAUCCUGUUUAGCCGUCAGUUUGGAAAAUGCCAACGGAGGAGUCAGAUCAAUGGCCAGAGAUUUUUACCUCAAAUUACGCAGCAGAGGUUUUACGCUGAGAAGAAAGUAUUCACCAGAGACAAACCACAUUGCAAUAUCGGUACGAUUGGUCAUGUUGAUCAUGGCAAGACCACCCUCACUGCUGCAAUAACAAAAGUUCUCGCUGAGAAGGAGUUGGCAACAGCAAAGGGCUACAGCGAAAUCGACAAUGCCCCCGAGGAAAAAGCCAGAGGAAUCACAAUAAACGUAGCCCACGUUGAAUAUCAGACUCCAAAUCGUCACUACAGCCACACCGAUUGUCCUGGCCACGCUGAUUACAUAAAGAACAUGAUCACAGGAACAGCUCAGAUGGACGGGGCGAUUCUAGUGGUAGCAGCUACCGACGGUGCAAUGCCACAGACAAAAGAGCAUUUGAUUCUCUCCAAACAAAUUGGCAUUCAACACAUCAUUGUGUUCAUCAACAAAGUUGAUGCAGCUGACAAUGAGAUGGUUGAGCUCGUGGAGAUGGAGAUUCGUGAGCUGAUGUCAGAGAUGGGAUACGAUGGAGAUAAAAUACCGAUAAUCAAAGGCAGUGCAUUAUGUGCACUCGAGGGAAAGAAUCCAGAAAUGGGAACCGAUGCUAUUCUGAAAUUACUCGAGGCUGUUGACGAUAGUAUUCCAACGCCAGUCAGAGAUCUCGAUAAACCCUUCAUGAUGCCAGUUGAAGCUGUUUACUCAAUUGCUGGACGUGGAACAGUUGUUACUGGUCGUCUGGAGCGUGGAAUAAUCAAGAAGGGAAUGGAUUGCGAGUUUGUUGGUUAUAAUAAAAAUUUCAAGACCACCAUUACCGGUAUUGAGAUGUUCCACCAAAUUUUGCCACAGGCAGAGGCUGGCGAUCAGCUGGGGGCCCUCGUCAGGGGUGUCAAGAGAGACGAAAUCAGGAGGGGAAUGGUGAUGUGUAAACCAGGUACUGUCAAGGCUAACGAUCAUGUUGAGGCGCAGGUUUAUAUUCUCAGUCCAGAGGAGGGAGGCAGGACGAAACCCAUUGCCAGUUUUAUGCAGCUUCAGAUGUUCAGUAAGACCUGGGACUGCGCUGCACAGAUUAGUAUUCCUGAUAAGGCUAUGGCCAUGCCUGGCGAAGACACGACAUUGGAUAUUAAACUUUUGAAGCCGAUGGUCUGUGAGAAGGGGCAGAGAUUCACCCUCCGUGAUGGUACAAAAACCCUAGGAACGGGUGUUGUUACGAAUGUUAAAAAAUUAAUGACUGACAAGGAACGUGGAUCCUUGCUAGACGGAAAGAAAGCAAGGGAAAAGGCCGCGGUAGCCCAGUAAUUAUUAUUAACAUCAUUUAAAAAAUUGAUUAACUGUCUCUGCAGUUUUUUUUUUACGUACCAGCGUAGUGUAUAUCAAGAAAAGAAUAAUAUCAUUUCAAUUUGUAAUUUGCAUUGUAUGUGGCAAGAAAAAAAAUAAUGAAAUCUCCUGAACAGAACAUUCCCCAGGGAUUCAUGAUUUAGCAGUGUUGUAAUUUCACCUCAAACCAUUGAUGUCGAUUAUUUGAAAUAAUUACGAUAAUUAGGGUGAUAAUUGUGAUUGCAUUCACACCGUUUUGAUUAAUAAGACAUCUCCGUACUUUGAACUUUUUACAAUAUUCGAGGUAAAGUCAUUCAUUGUAUUCGCAAAGAAUAAAAAUAAUAUUAAUUAAAUAAAAGAAUGGAAAAUGU